AUGGCGCGCACGGCCCCUGUGGAGCCCCCGCUGCGGCAUCCCGCGCCCCCCUCGCCGGCCACGGGCGAGCCCCGCACAUCGGCCGAGGCGGCGGUGGCUCCGCGGAGGGUGCUGUUCGCCGACGAGGCCCUGGGGCUGCCGCUGGCGCAACUGCGCCGCUACCGGCCGUGGGGCGGGCCCGGGGCGGGCAAGAUGGCGGCGGCCGGGCAAGAUGGCGGGGGCGGCGUGGCUGACGAGGACGACGAUGGCGAGGAUGGGGAUGAAGGGGAGGAAGAAGAGGAGGCUUGCCCCGAGCCCUCGCCGCAGUGCCCCAUCCCCGCUGACGGGGGGUUUUACCUGGUGCCCACAUUUUCGCUGCCGCCCGCGCCAGGCCGUCUGGAGCGCUUGGGGCGCGUCAUGGUGGAGCUGGAGGCGCUACUGCCGCCUCCUGGAGCAGUUCCCGGGGGUGCCGGGGUGUGGGUGCCCGGGGGGCGCCCGCCGGUGCUGCGCGGGUUGGUACGUGUGCUGAACCGCUCCUUCGAGAAGGCAGUGCACGUGCGGGCUUCACACGACGGCUGGGCUUCCUUUUGCGACCACCCAGCGCGAUAUGUACCGCGCAGCCCACCCGGGGCAGGAGCGGGAGGAACAGGAGCAGGAGAUCCCAUCCUGGAUCCGGGCCUUGGCCUGGGCUCUGGCCAGGUGUCUGCCUCCUCGCCCGAUGACGGCGGCCGCACCGACCGCUUUGCCUUCCAGCUUCCCUUUGCUGAGGGCGCGGGCGAUGGGGCGCGCCUGGACUUCGUGGUGCGCUAUGAGACCCCCGAGGGCACUUUCUGGGCCAACAACCACGGCCGCAACUACACAGUUCUGCUCCGGAUCGCACCCGCUCCCACACCCACUGAUGCCGAAGGGCUGCCCCAGCAGCAGCAGCAGCUGGAGCCACAGCCUGAGUGCCAGGGUCCGGUGGAGGCUGAGGCCAGGCAGCUGAAGAGCUGCAUGAAGCCGGUGAGGCGCAGGCCUCAUGAGGAAGAGCUGAGGAUGAAGAGCAUAGAUGAUAAUAUCCCUGCUGUGGCAGAGUAUCCUGAUGUCCAGGAGUCAGUGGGUCCCCUGGUGGCCCCCACCCCUCUACGUCCAUGGCCCCAGAUGACACUUCAGGUUUCUGAAGUUACAGUGACUGGCAACUCCCCAGAGGAAGGUGACAUCCCCAGAAGCAGUCCACCUGUGGCUUUCACAGAGGUUCCCCAAGCACCGGCCAUCAGGAUUCCCCCCUCCUCCCUUCUCUGUGGCCUAGGUGGCUCCCCCAGGGACCAGGCUUCGGGGCCCGAUGCGAGUGACGGGGCAACCGGGCCUCUCCUGGAACCCAGCCAGGUGGAGGCCACAUGGGAAGUAUCCAGUGAGAAUGGAGGGGGCCGAAAGGACCCCACUGUGGGUGCUAUUAUGGAUGAACCCCCUGGGUAUCUGGAGGUCAUGAGUGGGCUGGAGGAGCUGGUUGGCGAGGACACCAUUGACCAGGAGCUGGAGCAGCUCUACCUGUCCCACCUGAGCCGCCUGAGGGCCGCUGUGGCUGCAGGUGGGGUAGGGGGUGGUGGGGAGGGCCCCGCAGAUGGGGGGGUGUCCCCCAGCCAUCCCCUGGGCAUACUAACGGACCGUGACCUGAUCUUGAAGUGGCCUGGCCCCGAGCGGGCCCUGAACAGUGCCCUGGCUGAGGAGAUCACACUGCACUAUGCCCGGCUGGGGUGUGGUGUAGAGCUCAUCAAGGACACCGAAGACCCUGACGAGGAGGGGGAGGGCGAAGAGGGGCUCUCCGUUACACAGUCCAGCGCGGAAGAGGACACCCCCAAGGAAUCACCUCCGGAAAUCCUCUCUGGGGCCCAUUCUGUGGUAGCCACUAUGGGAGAUGUGUGGCUCCCAUGGGCAGAGGGCCUGGGAUGUGACAACUCUGUGGUUCUUGAUACAGAGGACCAGUUCACUGGGGAUCCAGAUAAGGGUAUGGGCAAGGACACUGACUCUUUACACAUGAUUAGGGUGAUAGCUGGAGUGACCAGCUCCCCAGGGGAAGCCAUGACAAAAACCCUGACGGAGUCCACCACUGAGUGGGCAGACAGUUUGGUUCCUAUAUCUGGCAAGGAGCCAGCUGUUCCAAUCCCUAGGCAGGGGCAAAAACCCAACCUCCUCGGCCCCUUGGGGGCUGAAGUCUGUCCUUCCAGCAUGGCCAGGCCCUAUAUGAUCUCCCAGGAUGAAGAGGGUUCAGGCCCAAGUUUUGAGCCUCAAAAGAAGUCUCAUGCCCUAGCAGCCCCUGCAGAAAGUGUGUGUGUAUUGCCUCCCCAGCUACGAGUGCCCUUGGCCCAGACUUUGGGGGUCCUGGCUGGGCUGGUGGUGGUCCCUGUGGCUCUGAACAGUGGUGUGUCCCUCCUGGUGCUUGCACUGUGCCUCUCUCUGGCCUGGUUCUCAUAGGGGCUGCUUAUGGAAUUGGCAAUAACAGUCUUCCCCCUCACUGGGGCCCAGGAAGAGGAUAGCACCUGCACCAUCCCCAGAGGGUUGAGAUGGGAUAUUUGGCCUGUGCAGUGAGGGGGUCCUGAUCCUUUGCUUCUGAGAGAGGCCUUCCUGUCUCUGAAUUCCCCUGUCAGUGCAGGGAUUCCUGUGGUGAUGCCAGUGGAGAGGAAUAGGGGACAGGUAGAUGGUAUGAAUGAGAAAAACUUUCAGAAUGGAACUGGGCAUGCCUCCCCUCCCCAAGCCUGUAUUUAUUUUUGUAUAAUUCUCUGGACGAGGGAGAGUGGUCAUGAGCUGGUCUUGGGGCACAAUU